AGUUUAUGACCAAAGCGAGUGCUGUUGUCUGUUUGUUUGUUUGUUCUCCUUUUAUAAAAUCUCUCACUUCCACCAUCCAUCUCUCUGAUACUUGACCACACAGACAGACAGACAGAGAGUUUUCUUCUCUUCAUCCGAGUUUCUUCUAUUUCAGGCAGGUUAGAAGGAGAGAGAUGGCGUUUGUGACCACUGCAGAAGUUUGUGACGCGAAUCAAGAUCUGAUCCGUAGUGGUCAGCUCCGAGCUCUGCAACCCUCUUUCCAAAUUUACGGUCGUCGUCAAAUAUUCUCAGGUCCUGUUGUUACUGUCAAAGUGUUUGAAGACAAUGGCUUGAUCCGUCAGUUUCUCGAAGAGAAAGGCAAUGGAAGAGUACUUGUGGUGGAUGGUGGAGGAAGUUUACGCUGUGCUAUACUCGGAGGAAACCCAGUAGUACAAGCUCAGAACAACGGAUGGGCGGGGAUCAUAGUAAACGGCUGCAUCAGAGACGUUGACGAGAUCAACGGUUGCGACAUUGGGGUGAGAGCUUUGGCUUCUCAUCCCAUAAAGGCUAGUAAGAAAGGACUCGGUGAACAGAGAGUCCCUCUCAACAUAGCAGGCACUAGGAUUUGCGAUGGCGAGUGGCUUUAUGCAGAUACCGAUGGUAUCCUUGUUUCUCAUAUCGAACUAUCGGUUUAGAGACCAAGGAAGAACGUGUUACUUGAUUUGUUUGAACUUUGAAAUGUUGAAGGAAAGCUUUGUCGGUAAAAAUUGCAUCUUUUUGUCGUUUUGUGGUAAUAAUGAAGAAAACGUUUCUCUU